AUGUUUAUGUGCCGUUGCUGUAACUGGGCUUUCCCAGAUAAAACAAGUUUACAUAUGCAUAUGCAGGCAAAAGAGGAAGGGAAAACGAUAUCGGUCCCGGUGAUCGGUAAAGGUAAUCCACCUGCUACACAUCAGAAUCAACAUCAACAGGAGCAGCAGCAGCAACAACAAAAUGAGAAUUUAACUGGUCAGACCGGAUUAACGGAAAAAGGACGUCAUUCACCGCAACUGUCAACGCUUCAUGUUCCGCAACCACGAGUUCCGGCAACAAAUCCGUUUGCUCCAUUACAACUCCAUUCAUUAGUUGGCCUUGCACCGCAGCAAGCAGUGAGCCUUACCGAACAAACCUCACUGCAAGCGGCAGCAGCAACCUUAUUUCCACCAAUGGCUCUUCUUCGCGAUGCAUGCGGAAGUGGAACACAUGUGGAUGAUUUGAUGUCAAAAUUACGUGAACGUCUGAUGUUAAAUAAUUUAGUUGCGCAAUCCAGCUUUGGUCUUGCUGCAUGGCUUUCAACUUAUCCAAAAAUGGAUCAAUCAAAUGCAAAUGGAAGAAAUCCAUUGGAUAUUUGUUCAUCGAAGGAUUCCGAUGUCAACUUAGUUGCUGAAGAGGACGAGAUUAAUGUUGACAAGGAAUAUGACGAUGACAUGAUGGCAGAAAGGAAUAGUGCUGAGCAACGUCAAUCUCACAUUAUGGAAUUAAACAGAAAGCAUGCAGAAGUAACCAAAGUGGAGACAUCAGUGAAUCCUGAAGAAAACAAUAAUAGUAAUACUAACGGUAAUGUCGAACGACCUAAAAGCGCGAAUGAGAUUGCAGAUGAUAAAAAAAUCCUACAUGAAUCCUUGUUGAGGCCAGCUUCUAAUGCUGCUAUUGAAAUUGUUUCAUCUAAAACAAUGCCAAAUUUACGUUCAGCAAUUAAUAGCUCCCCAAAGAAUGGUAGCCUAAUAUUGAAGAGCGGUGAAUGCAAAGUCCUUCUGAACGGUAUUGCGAACAAUAACAUUGACAGUAUUAUUACCAACAACAGCAAUAAUAAUAAUAAUACCUGUAAAGGAAAACAUACAAUAAGCGAAUUGUCGGAUUCUAUUGAAAGUCACAUAUCACCAUCUGAAACUCAUAGUAGUACAAGUAACGGUGCAUCACCGCCUGUAUCUCGAGAAUGCUGCGAAUGUGCGAUCUACAGGGGAAAGCUGGCAAUGGCCGAAAACAGAUGUCGUUAUUUGGAAGGGAAAACUGCCACUCUUCAAUCAGAUGCGAUUCGCUUCAGUACUCGUGUGACAGCAUCCGAAAAUUCGGCUCGACAAUAUGAGCAAGAGGGUCGCUUUCUAAGAGAACAGAACGAAAUUUUGCAACGAAAAAUAUUGGAAUGUCAAGAGAAAACGUUGGCAUUUAUGCAAGCUGAUCAGGCAACUAAUGCCCAAGCUGUAGCCCUUUAUUUAAACGAUAUCCUAAAGACGACUUUUCUUCGAUAA